AUGGAGCUUUCAGAUGAGUUCAUUCCCUAUGGAGAUAAAAAGUUUGUGUUUAAGAAGCUUUUGAAGCUUCCUCUGCCCGUUUUGGGUCAUUUGGUGAUGCACUGGGCUUCAAAGUAUGGGACAGAUUCGGCUCAACAUGUUGGUAACUUAGAGUCAAUCAUUGAGAAUUUACAAAAGCGCAAAGUAAAGAGAAAUGUAUUAGCCAGCCGAAUUCUACUGGAAUAUUGGCCAAAAGGGCUCUAUCUAUAUCAACUGGCACAAAUCGAUUGCUACUUAUUGGUGCAUCGUCCCUCGAUAUUCUAUUGGAUCUCUUCUUCGAUUACCAAUGCCAAUAACGAAAGCCAAGUCGUGCAUUUGAGACUUGAUAGUUUCAUCAAGAGCUUGAAAGAGGACCUGCAGAAAUUUUACCUUUGUAACAUCCACAGCUUCAGGCACCCAACGCUGCAAUUAGUGAUAUUGAGAAUCCAAUUAUUCGAUUACAGUAAUAUCUUCCAGCAAAAAUCAUCUCUUAACAUCCGCUCCGACGCUCCUCUCGAACGCCAGCUGGUUUCAAGAAGCCCAUAUUAUGUCGCAUUUCCUUCCAAUUCAUCAAAUAUCGUACACUCUCCCGAUGAAGAUUCAUAUUCCAACCUGAUCUUGCAAAGCGUGCAGAAAGUAUUAUCUCAGAGAGAGCCGGUCCUUCUAAGAUUAAACGAGCGCCGUGCGAUCAAAUCGCUGGAGACCAUGCAAAUACUCCGAGGUGCUUCACGAUAUACCAAUGCCCUAGGCCCAUGGUCAUGCUAUGCCGAUACUUCAUUUGAAGUGUCACCUUUAGGCCUAAUUGAAAGCCACCAGGCUAUUAAAGGCAAGAGGGUACUAAAUCCUGAUGACUCAUAUAACGAUGAAAGUACGCCUGAAGUGAAACGGCUACGGUUUGAAAAGACUAUGCUACGUUUUAAAGGCUCUAAGAAGGGAGUCAGAGCCAAAAAGGUUUAUGCUCUAAAGAAAUUAAGCGAUCGUAUACAUAAUCCAGACAAGUCGGUGAGCUCAUAUGCGGAGAAGCAGACCACUGUCUCUCAAUACGCAUCGCUGGUACCCGUUGAGAAGACUGAGUUCACUUUGAAAAAUCAAGUGCCGGAAUCUACAGAUCAAGUAGUAAUCAAAUUUAGGUUUCGGGGCAAUGACAUCUUCGGUGGGCUGCAUGAACUCUGCGAUAAGCAGCUAAUUGAUAUAGAUAAAGUCCCCGGCUGGUUGGCGGGUGAAAAUGGCGUAGAAUCAGGUACCAUUGACGAAGGUAUGUUUACUCGAGAUACUAAUAGAGGCGGUCUUCUAUAA